UAUGUUUAUGCUAUGAAUUUCAUGCUUUCUCCAAUACACGAAAUUAUAAUAGCCCCUGUUUAUACAACACAGACAAAAUCAUGAAAUGAUAUUAGUAAAGCUGUCAAAUUUUUUGAAUUUGAUAUAGAGCUCUAUAGAGUAGUAGGCUGUGAAGUAGGCUGUGCCUCAACAUUUCGAGAAUUGGGGCUGAAUUCAUAGUCAACUUUCGUGUGUUAUCGAAUUCAUGAAAAGGUGUUUAUGUACACACGAAUUUGCCCAUUUCAUGAAUUGAUUUCAUGAAAUGGGCAUAGCAUAAACACAGUAUAUAAAAGCCAUCCGAAACCUUACUUUAGUAUCAGUUGUACACCAAAAGUCCAACGUUUGUGGUUGAUCGCGGUCAAUAUGAUUAAACUCGGCACUUAUUUAACCAUCGCGUUUAUUGUUUGGAAUCUAUGUGUAUCCCAAGGAUAUUCUUGGGACGGUGAACUAUCAAGAAGUCCACGGAACGUACCGGAAAAUAAAUUUUUGAUCGCAAUGCUUCCCUUGCUGGAUCACAUUGCUCAGCAGUGCAAAUCCAAUGUUUCUGAUGUUGUGACUGAAACACAGACGAUGGUAGUUACAAUUAAAGAUCAACUGACUGGGCUACAGAGAGAUCAUAUGGAGAACCUAAGCGAUAUGAAGGCUCAGCUAAUGGAAUCUUUUAGUAAUAGCAUCCCCAAAAACUUCGAGGAAAGGCUGGCAAAAAUUGAAGAACAUCAGAUACAGGACUCUCUAAAACGUUCAGAGGACUUCCAGAAGAUAUUGGAAAGGAUAGAAGCGUUCGAAAAGAAUGUGCAAAGCAAGAUGGAAAAUCAACAAGAAUCUCUAAAACAUACAGAUGACUUCCAGAAGAUAUUGGAAAGGAUAGAAGCUUUCCAGAAGGAAGUGCAGAGCAAAAUGGAGAAUCAACAGUCCGCAGCAACAUACGCUUUUACCGGAGUUGGUAGAAAAAUAAUCAGGGAUAAGUUUGAACAAAUCGGUUCUAGACUUUUUCAUAUAAGUGAAACACCAGGCGACUGGAAUCAAGCCGUAGAAACUUGUCGUGGACUGGGUGGAUAUAUAGCUGCCAUCAAAGACCAAGAUGAACUUACCGCCCUCGCAGAAAGACUGGAUGACAAACACUACUGGCUUGGAAUCAACGACCUGGUCAGUAAGGGAACCUACGUAUCCGAGGCAUCCGGCAAAAAACCUAAAUUUUUGAAGUGGCGUUGGGGAGAACCCAAUAAUGAAGAUGGUGUUGAGCGCUGCGUUGAACUUUUAAACGGCGGAAUGAACGAUGUGCCAUGUUUUAGGUACUCAUAUAAUAAGUAUGCAAUUUGCCAAGCUGACAAUGAAAUUUAAAGAAAAAGUAAUGGUACCUAAAAUCUUUUUGUAAAAC